AUGUAUCUGAUCAAAAGUCUCCAGAAGGAAGAGGCUGCAGGGAUCGCCAUGGCUGAAAGGCAUAGUAAGGAUAGCCUGCAGUCAUUCGUACAGUAUGCCCUCGGUUUUCCGGAGAUAAAGUCUCUUCAGGAUUAUGAGGCCAGCAGAGUGAGUGCUGCAGCAGAAGUCUCCUCUGAAGAUGAUCAGCUUGUUGGCUUUGGCUUACCAUCUAAGAGCACACGGAAGGAGAUUUGGGAUGGCAGAGGUGAUGGCUACGUGGCCUUUAUCAUGGAAAAGAGCUGCAUUCAAGGAACACGGAUGUAUAAGCUGCAGCAAUACUUGCGCAAGAAGCAUCAGUCUGCCUCAGCUACCACAAGGACCUCCACCAAACCCAUUGGAAUGGAUGAUGACAAAGAGUUGGAGGAGGCAAUGCUGAGUGUCUCACCUGAAAAACUUGAAGCCGACAGCUCUCCCUCUGCGGCACUGUCCAUACCCCCUUCCGACACAACUACUGAACUUCAAGCAUCAUCAGCUGAUGGUGCAGCCUUAAAAGAUGAGAAGAGCAAGGUUCCUGUGCCUGUACCAAAGGAGCUGUCGUUUCUACUGAAGGAGACCACAGAUCAAACACAAGGGCCUGAGUCAAAUCCAGGGCUCAGCACAAGUGUUGCUUGCACAUCUGUGCGCAAAGCUCUCACUUUUGAAGACAGCAAUGAAGAUGCUCCUUCAGCUCAGCCAGCCAUUCCUGUUCCAGUGGCUGGUUAUGAGCAUGAGCUGAGUACCUGGAACUGCUCACAACACCAGAAGCUGUGGAUGAAGACCGAGCUGCAAGAUCUGGGGCUGUGGCCUGGGUCUCGACCAGUGCGUAACCCAGGAAACACAAUUUCACUCUGGCGUCUCCCUCCACAACCUGAGCUCAUAGAUACUGUAGCUGAGCUCCCGUCACCAAAUUUUUUCCAGCUCCACCCCUUCUUCCUAUGGAAACCUGAGAGCAGCAUCAUGGCCAGGUUGAGGAACAAUUAUACCUUGCCAUGUUUGCAUGCUUGUGCUCUUCCACGUGUGGUCUCUGCUGGUGUGGGCAGGCCUCGAGUGAUUGUUGGCACCAGUGGUCAGUAUUACAUCCUGUCCUCACGACUCUGCUGCAGGGCUUGUCGCAGGAACUGGUUUGCUGACAAUCCACGAUGGCUGGAGAAACUGCCAAAUAGGUUUACCAACCUUCUCCCAGCCUUUCUAACUUACAAAAAGGCCAUCUGCAAGUCUGUAAUGGAUGAGCUGAGGCGCACUGGCAAAUCUCCAGCAGACAUGGCAAACCAGGUGAACGAACUCAUGCAUCUUAAGUUUAGACGAGCUCACCUGGCAUACCUGCAUGCCAUAGAAUCUGUCUGGGAUUCUGUAAAUAAGUUAUUUUUUACAAGAACAUCAACACAGUGUUCACUUUGAGCUCAGCUGUAUCUUUAUUUGUGUAUGCUUACCAUAAGCUGCUGGCCUUAAAUCUUGUUAUUCCUAAAAGACUUCACAUAAUGAAUACAGUCCAUGCUUUUUGUAUAGGAGUUACAGCUUUUAUCUUUUUAACCUUUCUGUUCUAUUUAUGUUAUAAUAAAUAUGACUGCU